AUUGAUUCCUGUAUUCCCUCUCCAAUCCCAGCUCAUAAUUUUUUUUUUGGUUUUUUUUCUGGGUUUUUGUUUUCAAUUUUUAUUUACUUUCAUCUUUGUAGAUACCUUCGUUUCAUGUUACUUUUCCAGCUUUUGUGUGCGGUGAUGAGUAUUUUGCUGGACUAGAGUUUCUGAUCUGGGAUUUCAAGCCCCAGUUUUGAAGAGAAACCCUUGGCUGUCUGAGCACAUUAAUUUAAUUUCUUGAUAAAUCUUUUUUUUUUUCAAAUUUUUUCUAGUGGGCUUAGGAUGAAAAUUUUAAUUAUCUUAGCGGAUUUCUGUGAGAUUAUUCUUAAUCAGUGAUCUCAUUGUUACACACACUGAAGCCCUCGUUUUAAGUUUUUUGUUUGGUUGCAUUGCUUUUAUUAUAAGAUCAUUUUUUUAAUUUAAUAUUGGUUUUUUUUCUUUCUUAUUGGAUAAUGAUGCUGUGAUGAGAUGAGCACCAUAUGGUGUUUUAGGGCAGUGGAAGUAUCCGUGAGCCCAUUUAUCUAAUGACUUCUCCUUCCACUGAGCAUCAUUUUUUUUCUUUCAAUUAUAAUUUGUUUUGGUAGUUUAGGAGUAGAAAAAUGGCGUCCAUUACCAAUUCUGGGGGAUAAAUCUGGUUCCUCUUGGUAUAAUGGCUCGGGCGCAAUAUCAAUUGUGGUUAUCCUGAUUGAUGGAUAACUUUUGUAAUGCCAUUAGAUCCUGGAAACGCCACUUAUAUUUUUUAGCUCUAGUUUUUUCCUUCAUUUGAUACUGCUGCAUUUCUUUGCUUAAUCUUCACAGGAAUCUAAAAAUUGUGAGAAAAGUUGAAAAGCUUUGGGGAACUUUUAGAAUCAAUCUUCAAUUUUGUUUGGAUGGAAUUGUUGGCACAGUAUUUGGACAUGGGAGGAGGGAGACAGGGUAUAUGCUGCGGAUCAAUCUUCACCCCGGUUGCAGUUGGUGGGAUCUGUAGCACCGUGGAGUCUACAGAUUCGAUUUUUGGCUCGGAUUCGGAUGCAUCAGCUCUCCUGGAGUCCAAGGCCUUAGUUAUGGACCCCUCUGGACUGCUCUCCAGCUGGGAUUCAAGCAAAGCUUCUGAUCACUGCUCCUGGUCCGGUGUCGCUUGCGACUCCACUUCUUGCGUAGUGGCUUUAAAUAUCGGCGGCGGCGGCGGAGGUGGAGGUAAUUCGGGCUCGGUUUCUUGUGCUAGAAUUUCUCAAUUUCCACUGUAUGGGUCUGGAAUUAGAAGGGCUUGCUCAAAUACUAAUGUUAAAAUUUCUGGUAAAUUGCCACUUGUCGUGUCCAAAUUGUCCGAACUUCAGGUCUUGUCACUGCCAUUCAACAAAUUGAGUGGUGAAAUUCCUGGUCUGGAUAAACUGGAAGUUCUUGAUCUUGAGGGCAAUUAUUAACUGGGCCUUUGUCGCUUCAGUUUAAGGGUUUGAGGAACUUGAGGGUUCUGAAUUUGGGUUUAAUGGGAUCGUAGGGGGGAUCCCAGAUUCGUUCUCAAAUUGUUUGGAGGUGGCUUUUUUUUUAACUUUUUGCAGCUGCUGCCGGACUAUGCGAUUUAAAAAAAAAAAAAACUUUUGACUGACUGCUGGGUUGUGUCAGUGCUGUUUUUUUUUUCAAAAAUUUUUUUUUGCUUUUGCUACUGGUUGACACAGUCCAUUAAUGAUAAGAAAUUUAACCUACUGCACUUAUACAAGAAAUUAAGAAAUAAAAGCUCCUUAGGUUGUAGUAUCCCUAACUACUCAUGCAAGUGUUAUAUUUGGAUCAUUGAGUACUACAUCUAGGCUAAUUAUGGUGUAAUUUCCUUAUGCAUUUGAAUCCUACUUUCGUAGUGAAUCAAUUAUACUUAUAACUAAUCCAUACAUAUUC